UAAAGUGCCUAUUAUUUCCAUGCACAAUAUUUUUUUAUGAUCUGAAUCAAACCACACUGCGGAUACCUGAUCUAUUUUGUUCAUACAAAAGAAAUUUUGUAGCUUCGCCUGCCUGGUUAAUCAUGCCAAACGAUAAAAAGGAAGGAGGAAGGAGUAGCAGUGACAGAGAUGAAGGUCCUGUUGAUCGUAACAAACCUCCGGAAAAAAAGGCUAAAAUGAAAUCAAAAACCAAUCGUAAAGAACCCACAUGGGUUCUACAAGGGAAGAAGUUAGUCAAGAUCCAAGAAUUUAAGAAAAAAGUAUAUAUAGACAUAAGAGAGUUCUAUGAAAAAAAUGGUGAAAUGUUUCCGAGCAACAAAGGAAUCAGUCUGACACCAGACGUAUGGACAAAGCUAUUAUCAUUAAGGGAUGAGAUAAAUGAAGCUGUUAGAUCACUCUGUUAAAUUUCCCUGUUUAAUUUAUAUUCGAUAUUAAGUAACUAAUUCAUUAUUUGAAAUGGUGAAUUAAACAAAACAUUUUGUUA